AUGGGUCCCUUCGCCAAAGUUGUCAUUUUUAUCUUGAUCAUCUCCUUUGGUGUUUUUUCUCUGGGCUUGAACAGACAUACGCCGAUAGGCGCGCUGCACCGGACAAUAUGGAUUCAUAUCCCCAAAUUCGUUACGGCCGUAGACCAACGUCUCACCGGCGGUAGAAUCACUGGGGGUCUGUCGCGCGGCGUGAACCGCAUGCUGUACGACAGACAUCCCACUGUAGUUAUCUUCUUCUUUGCUCUACUCUUCGGGGGCGAAUACAUGUUCCUCCCCGCGGCCUGGCCACAUAUGAGCUGGCUGGCCAAGCUGAUUGCGCUCAUCGCCAUCGCUCUGCCGUACACCUUUCUGUACCUCGCCUGCGGCGGCGAUCCUGGCUUCAUCACGGCUGAGACGCACGCCUACCACAUGUCGCUAUACCCCUACGACCACGCGCUCUUCCACCCGGGCCGCUACUGCGAGACGUGCAAGCUCCUCAAGCCGGCGCGCUCGAAGCACUGCAGUAUCUGCAAGCGCUGCGUCGCCAAGGCGGACCACCACUGCGUCUUCAUCAACCUCUGCGUAGGCCACGGCAACCACCGCUGGUUCCUGUCGCUGCUCCUGUCCACCGCCGCGCUCACCUCGUACGGCGGCCUGCUCGGCCUGUCCAUCCUCUCGGGCGUCAUCAAGAACCGCUUUCCAGGCUGGUCCGUGUGGCCGCCGGCCGGCUACGGCCUGAACAGUUAUCUCGUGGCCUGGAGCUGGGCCAUGGAGCGCGACAUUAGCCUUGGCGCCACGACGCUCUUCGCCACGCUCACGUCGCCGCUAGUGUGGGCGCUGCUCUUUUACACGCUGUAUCACGUCUACUGCGGCACUACGACGAACGAGUCACUCAAGUGGUCCGAACUGGGUGAAGACAUGGCCGACGGGUAUGCAUUCACUCGUCCGAUACGGCGCGGCCGAGAGCGGGAUUUUGGAAUUGAGCCCUCCUGUUCCCGCUGGCCUGUCGAGCCCGAGAUGGUAGUCAUUGCCACGGCGGACGGCCAACCUCCUGUAAUCCACCAAGGUAUGCCGCCCAUUGCUGGGGAGGGGGACUGGGAGAGGGUAUGGAAGCUCAAAAAUGUAGAAAACAUGUAUGACCUGGGGUUCAGGGAUAAUUUGGCAGACAUAUUUUUUCGGGAUUACGCAUUUGGCCGAGCCCGCGAUGAGUUACCUUUCAAGAGUCAUCAUCAAUGCUAG